CAUCACGCCGUUACACAGCAUGGAGUUGGUACAGGAACCCCUGACAUUUCACGAUGUGGCCGUGGACUUCACCUGGGAGGAGUGGCAGCUCCUGGACCCCGAGCAGAAGGACCUGUACACGGAUGUGAUGUUGGAGACCUACAGCCACCUGGUGUCAGUGGGUUGUGAGGCCAGCAAACCAGACGUACUCUCCAAGUUGGAUCACGGAGAAGCACCAUGGACAGUGGCAGGUAAAAUCCACUGUGGAACCCAUUCAGAAAUCUGUAAACAUGAUCAUCUGCCAGAACACUUACAAAAUGAAAGCCUAGAACAAUGGCAUAAAUUUAACACAUGUGAAAAUACUAGAAGAAACUAUGAAAUCACCUUACCUAUUGAGCUUUCUGAAGUUGGAAAAUCCUUUCUCCAAGCCAACAGUGAAAAGUUUCAGGCUGAAGUGAAAUUUCAGGAAAGCCAAAAACUCAUCAGCACUAAGUCCCAACUCAUCAAACCUCAGAAAAGAGAGAAGGCUCACGUAAUGGGUGACUGUGGGAAAGCCUUCAAAAAGAGGAUUUGUCUCAUUGAUCAUCACAUCACUCAUACAGGUGAGAAGCCACGUCAGUGUAGUGAAUACGGGAAAGCGUUCACAAUCUUCAUGCUCACUGAACAGCAGAGAACACACACAAGAGAGAAACCCUUCUUCGUAUGCAGUAACUGUGGAAAAGGCUUCCUCCAGAAUCGCGACCUCAUUGUACACAGGCGAAUUCACAGAGGGCCAAAACCAUGUAUAUGCAACGAAUGUGGAAAAGGCUUCGUGAAUAAGAGCAAUCUCACUGUACACAGGCGAAUUCACACCGGGGAGAAGCCUUAUAUAUGCAACGAAUGUGGAAAAGGCUUCAUCCAGAAGGGCGAUCUCAUAGCACAUCAGAGAUUUCACACAGGAAAGACGCCCUUUGUGUGCAAUGAGUGUGGAAAAUUCUUUUCCCGGCCCUUUGGUCUCAUUAAACAUCAAAGAAUUCACACUGGAGAGAGACCCUAUUCCUGCGGCACGUGUGGGCAAGCUUUUGCCUACAUGCCGACCCUUGUGAGACAUGAGAAAAAACACCUAAGAAGAAAACAUGGUAGUUCAGUCAAGGCGACAUGUCCUGGCUCAGAGAGUCCCAGCUCAUCACAGACCAGUGUUGUCCUGCAGGAGAUAAACCUUAUUAAUACAGUGACUAUGCAGGUACCUACUGUGGUCCCUCAGACAGUAUUAAACAUGAGUGGGCCUCUAGCAAACAGGAAUGUAGUCAUCGUGGCCCAGCCUGUGGCCAGAGGUGCGCCCUUGGGAGGACUUGCACAGGACAGCAACCUUCUGAAUGCAGUGAAUGUGGUCUCACCGUCAGUGAUCAAUUACGUGUUACUUUAUGUCACAGGAAACAAAUAG